AUGGCCUUCGAGACCCCCUCUGAACAGUCUCUUCUCAGAGGUGGAGAGGAAAGAGGAGCCAGGCAGCUUCCUCAGGUAGGGAAAGAGCAGCGGGAGCAGGAAGGAGGGAAGAGGCACAGAUGGGACCACCCAGCCUCCCUCUGUGUUGAGUGGGGAUUAUGGGGAUCUAAGAGAAGCUCUGUUUUCUUCCUCUUCCUCCUCUACUUCUUCCAGGCCCUCUUGACCUUUGAGGAGGUGGCUGUGUUUUUCACGGAGGAGGAGUGGGCUCUGCUGGAUCCAGGCCAAAGAGCUCUGCACAAGGAAGUCAUGGAGGAGAAUUAUGAGAUGCUGGCCUCUCUAGGUAAGGGCACAUUUUUAUUCCACUUUUAUUCCUAGACGUUGAAGGUGUGAAUCUCCUGUUUGAGCCAUUUAUUCAUGCUGUGUCUUCUUCUUUGGCAAAUCCUUGUAGCCGAGUAAGAUUGUCUUCCAUCCACACGAUCUUAACGGUGUGUCCGUAAGUGACUGUGGAGUCCAAUUCUGGAUCCACACAUCUUUCCACAGUGGGGACAUAGGUUUCUGGGCGGGAGUUAAUCACAGUGAGGAUUUGCCAAACGUACUUUCCUCUUAGCUUGCUUCUCCCUUUUGUACUGAAUUUGUGCUUCUUCAAAGUCCAUGACGCCUUUGCUAAAGGCUAUUCUCCAAUUGGAGCACUCGCAGGCCAAUGUUCUGUGCUUAUACUGCAUAUUUUUAGAUUUGCCUUGAGAGGGUCUUGAAGCCUCUUUUGUUGUCCACCGGUAUAUCAAUUUCCAUUCUUAAGUUGGGAAUACAGUAGUUGCUUUUGAAGACAAUAAUCAGGUAUCCGAAGAACAUGACCAGCCCAACGAGUUGAUGUUGAAGAUUGUAGUUUAUCACAAAUCUACUUUUGUCAGUAGGUAACUCUUCGUAAGCUGAUAUUGUGGUAUGAAUUCACAAAAAAAUCCUGUGUUUUACUUAUUCCACAGGGUAAAAAUGGUGGCAUGUGGUUUGCUGGUCAGUGUCAUUUAUUAACUUUUAAUAGGCCACCAGAUACUUUGCUGUCUUUGUUUCACAAGAUUAAUAUUUUUUGAAUAUUUUUAUAGUCCCAUAUGACAUAAACAGCACUUCUGUUUUACUUAUUCCACAUAGCAGAGACUCUGACACUCAGGUCUGAGCUCAUCUCAUCGCUUGGAACAGAAAAAUACAGGGAUGUUGUCCUGGACAAAUUGAGAGGUACAUAUUUUGACUUUGCUGUGAGGCUGUAACUUUCUGUCUCCUUUCAUUGUGUGGGAAUAUAAAAAGAGCCCUUUUGGAUCAGAACGAGGGCCCAUCUUUCUCAGAACCCUGGUGCAGGUUUAGGUGAUGUGAACAGCUGGUUGGAAUGUAUCAGCGAGAUAUUACAGAUCAGGGAGGAAGGAGAAAACAAUACAGAGGCGUAGCAUUUUCACAGGAGGAGGAAGAUGGAAAAAGUAUGUCCCUUCAGAUGUUGCUGCACUACAAUUCCCAUCAUCCCUGGUCAUUGGCCAUCUUUACUUGGGUUGAGGGUACUUAGAGUCCAACCACAUCUUGAGGGCCAUAGAUGCCUCAUCUCAGCAUAGAAGGUUUCUCUUGGUGCUCAGUGUUGCAUGCAAGUUGAAGGUAGAACUGGAUACUAGGGGUUAUUGAGGCUAUUUUUAGAUUCCCUUUCCUUUCCUAAACAUGUACAUAGGAGAGGGAGGGAUGCUGGAGGUGUUGAAAUAAUAGAAGGUGCUGAUUGGUCUUGCUGUGUGUUAAGUUCUCUUGUUCUUUUCCUUGAAUACCUAACAAUAUUUUCUCUCCUCCUUCCCCACUUUAAACCAGGUGAUGGAGAAGACAAUCAGAAUUUUGAGGGGCCAUCUGUAAAGUACUUCAGCAUGAGUGAACACCUUAGCACACAACUACAAACUAACACGGGGGAGAAACCCUUUAAAUGUAUGGAGUGCGGAAAGAGCUUCAGUAAAAAUAGAAAUCUUAGUGCACAUCAACGAAUUCACACAGGAGAGAAACCAUAUAAAUGUAUGGAUUGUGGGAAGGGCUUCAUUGAUAGUGGAGCUCUUACAAGACACCAACGAACUCACACAGGGGAGAAACCAUUUCAGUGUAUGGAGUGUGGAAGCAGCUUCAGUGAAAAUGGAAGUCUUGCCCGACAUCAACGAACUCACACUGGGGAGAAACCAUUUAAAUGUAUGGAGUGUGGGAAGAGCUUCAGGGAUAGGGGAAAGCUUACUGUACAUCAACGGAUUCACACAGGGGAGAAACCAUUUAGAUGUGUGGAGUGUGGGAAGAGCUUCAGUCAGUAUUCACACAUUACUAUUCAUCGGAGAACUCACACAGGGGAGAAACCAUAUAAAUGUAUGGAAUGUGGGACAGGUUUCAUUGAGAGUGGAGCUCUUUCAAAACAUCAACGAACUCACACAGGGGAGAAACCAUAUAAAUGUAUGGAGUGUGGCAAGAGUUACACUGAAAGUGGGUCACUUACAAAACAUCAACGAACUCACACAGGGGAGAAGCCAUAUAAAUGUUUGGAGUGUGGGAAGGGUUUCAGUCAAGGGGGGAAACUUACUGUACAUCAACGGACUCACACAGGGGAGAAACCAUAUAAAUGUUUGGAGUGUGGAGAGUCCUUCAUUUGUAGUAGGAAACUCAUUGUGCACCGACAAAGUCAUACCGGGGAGAAACCAUUUAAAUGUAAGGAUUGUGGGAAGGGCUUCAGUGAAGGUGGAAAACUUACAAGACACCUGCAAACUCAUACAGGGGAGAAACCAUUUAGAUGUAUGGAUUGUGGGAAGGGUUUCAUUGAGAGAGGAGCUCUUGCAACACAUCAACGAUCUCACACAGGGGAGAAACCCUUUAAAUGUAUGGAGUGCGGAAAGAGCUUCAGUCAAAAUGGAAGACUUACCAUACACCAACGAAUUCACACAGGGGAGAAACCAUAUAAGUGUAUGGAUUGUGGGAGGUGCUUCAGUGAGAGUGGAACUCUUACAAGACAUCAGCAAUCUCACAGAGAAGCAACAGUUUAA